CACCAACUUAUCCCUCCCCAUCGACAACGACGACGACGAUUAGAACACGAUGACCACCGUUAACGUCCCCGGCAUCCAGGUCCUCUCCAACCAGGCGCCCAAGGCCCAAGCCGAGCUCUUCACCGACGGAGCCCUCAAGUUCCUCGCCGCCCUCCACCGCACCUUCGAGUCGACAAGGCAGUCGCUGCUGACUGCCCGCGAGGAGGCCCAGAGGCGCUACGACGCCGGCGCCGUCCUCGACUUCCCACCUGAGACACAGGCCGUCCGGGACGACCCCAGCUGGCAAUGCGCCCCACCCGCUCCUGGUCUUGAGGACCGCCGUGUCGAGAUUACCGGCCCCACUGAUAGGAAGAUGGUCAUUAAUGCGCUGAAUAGUGGUGCGCAGACGUUCAUGGCUGAUUUUGAGGAUUCGUCCUCGCCUACGUUUGCGAACAUGCUUAAUGGCCAGAUCAACUUGCGCGAUGCUAUCCGUCGCCAGAUUGAUUUCGAGACCAAUGGCAAGAAGUACAAGCUCUCUGAGAACCCUGCUACCCUCAUCGUCCGUCCCCGAGGAUGGCACCUCGACGAACCCCGCGUCCUCAUCGACAACCAGCCCGUCUCCGCCUCCAUCUUCGACUUUGCCCUCUUCUUCUACCACAACGCCAAGGAGCAAGUCAAGCGCGGCAAAGGCCCCUACUUCUACCUCCCGAAGAUGGAGCACUACCUCGAGGCCCGCCUCUGGAACGACAUCUUCGUCUUCUCGCAGCACUAUAUCGGUCUGCCCCAGGGCACGAUCCGCGGAACCGUCUUGAUUGAGACUAUCCCCGCUGCCUUCCACAUGGAGGAGAUCCUCUUUGAGUUGAGGGAACAUUCGAGUGGAUUGAACUGUGGACGAUGGGAUUAUAUCUUCAGCUUCAUUAAGAAGCGACGGGCUGACCGCUCUGCUGUCCUCCCUGAUCGCAAGGACGUCACUAUGACCGUUCCUUUCAUGGACGCCUACGUCCGUCUCCUCAUCAACACUUGCCACAGGCGCAAGGUCGCAGCCAUGGGUGGCAUGUCCGCUCAGAUCCCCAUCAAGGACGACCCCAAGGCCAACGAAAUCGCCAUGGCCAAGGUCCGCGCCGACAAGCUCCGCGAGGUCACCGCCGGGCACGACGGCACCUGGAUCGCGCACCCGCUCAUCGAGCCCAUCGCGCGCGGCAUCUUCGACCAGCACAUGCUCGGGCCCAACCAGUACCACAACCGCCGGCUCGACGUUAAGGUCACCGCCGCGGACCUCCUGAACACCACCGUCCCCGGCAAGAUCACGCUCGACGGCGUGCGCGAGAACGUGUCGACGUGCCUUGCGUAUACGGCUGCGUGGGUCGGUGGGAACGGCUGUAUCCCGUACAACUACCUCAUGGAGGACGCUGCCACCGCUGAGAUCACGCGUAUCCAGCUGUGGCAGUGGGUCAAGUACGGUAUGCGGGUGGACGAUACCGGUGAGCUUAUCACUGUCGAGUAUGUGGAUAAGCUUGUGGAGGAGUUGGCGCCUACGAUUAAGAAGAUUGUGGCGGGUGUGAAGGAUGAGAAUGUGCAUAUUGCGAAGGAGUAUUUGAGGAGUCAGAUUAGGAGGCAGUGGCCUUCCGAGUUUUUGACGAGUGAUUUGAUGCCGUUCCUUGCUGUUCGGGAUGGUGUUCCGCCCAAGUUCCAGAAGGCGGCUUUGUAA